CGAGGGGCAGCAAAAACUUCCCGUCCCAGCAGGCGCCGCGAGAACUGCGCAGGGGCUGCUAGGCCGCGGCAGAAAUCGAGGGUAGUCGUCGCGGGGGUAAAAGGGACGCCGUGAGCUCGUGGCUGCCCAGGCGGAGUUGGGAAAACAGGGACCAAGACUAGUAUGGAAGAUUCUGAUGGGAACCUUUCCAGUCAGAGAGAAGUCAUCCUAUCUGAAUUAUAUAAUACCCAGAUCACUCCAAAUAACUCGGUACAAGAUCUAAGAACCUUGGUGGCUUUAAAUUACCCAGAGGAUGGGAUACUUGUUCAGACUCCGGAUGGCUGUAAACAACCUGGACGAGAAAACCUAAUAGCCUACAACGAAAUCUAAGGCAGCUGAGUAUAACUGAUCCAGAGAUGGGAGACAAAUCCACAGGCGAACCCUUUCUGGGUAUUGAGGUUGCUGGGGCUACAGAUUAUGAGGGUGUCCUUCCCUCAGAUACAGUUUCCUUGAGUGAUUCAGAUUCCGAGGACUUAACAUUUGCAGAUGACAUUGAAGCUGGUACUGUAUCUCCUGAGGAGCCCCUUUCCCUGGAUAACAGGGGGAAGAGGUCAGAUGAAAAUGGUGACUUUCUCCACAGUGACCGAAAAUCACCCGUCCAGCCUUUUCAUCUUAAAGGCAUGAGUUCGAGUUUUUCACAACGCAGCCAAAGCAUUUUUGACUGUCUGGAAGGGGCAGCCAAGCGAACGGUGCCCUCCAUGGCUGAAGACAAUGUCAUUGAUGGAAGGUUUAAGCGCCCUCUGCCUCCACCCAACAUUUCUAACAAGAUGUCUAUAGAAAGCCUGGGAAGGCAAAAUAAACCACCCCCAUCUCUUAAAGGACCCCCGUCUGUUCCUGACUACGUGACACACCCAGAACGCUGGACCAAGUAUAGCUUGGAUGAUGUUUCAGAGUCUAGUGAGAAAACCAACAGAUCAAUUGCCAUGGAGUUCCUGGAGGGCUUGAAGAAAAGCAAAGAAGAACAAACUUCAUCCUGCCCUGAAAGGUAUACUCCAUCUUUCAAUCAAGAUGCCUCCAGCUCUGGUGCAAGCAGGAUCGUCUUUACCAAACCCACAAAAACAUCUUUAUAUAGAUCAGAAAGGAAAAGGCCACAUGCACAGGAGGAUGAAGAAAACAAGCUAAUUGAUACAGACCAGGAGCUAAAAGGGAAAUCUCCAAAGAAGCCAAGCACUCAGGAUGAGGGGGGAAAUCCCUCCAACAGUGAUGCAAAGGAACUGGAGGAUUGGAAGCAGCUGAACUUGGAGGAGCCAAAUAUUCAAAACAGAGUUGACACUGAUUCUUCUGAGGCAAGUGAAGAAAAGGGAAUGGGAGCCGAGGGAUUCCAUGGUAGCAAGAAAAGGAACAGGAAACAUUUUCGACCCAAAACUAGCCAUGAUGAAGAUGAAGAAGAGUCAUAAAAUCUGCAUAAAUUAUUCUGAUGUCUUCCUAGAGGUGUUUCCUUGAUUGUUUGCAUGAGUUUUAGCAAAUAGCUUAUUUUGUUUAGCAUACUUGGAGCUGUGAUUAAAAUACUUAUGUGUUCCACUUACUUUUUCCGAAAAAUCUCUAGACUUUGACGAUUCUGCAUGGGAGAAAAGGUAGGAUUUUUUUUAAGAUGUGGAACAAAUAAUUUAAUUUUACUGAGUUCAGAUUUGGGAGAGAGAUUGUUUUGCUCAGUCUUUCAUGCAAAAAUCUUUUGAAUGGUAUCCCAUAGUAAGCAUACUAAAUAUUCAGUAUGGAAUGCCAUUUUAAAUAAUCUGCAUCACUCAUGAUGGACAAACGUCUGUGUGUGGUGCAAGAUCAGUCUUGGUAUCUAUGUAGUUAGGCACCAAAAGCUGAACAUAUACAUUUCCACUAUAGUGAAACUAAAAGUAUCGCCUUUAAGAAGCCAUGUGGUUUGGUGAUACAAGGCAGAAGAUAGACACACAUUGUACAAGGUGUUGUCUUGUUUUUUAAAAAAAUGAUAUGCAUUGUUUGAAAACCAAACUUAGAUGUGUUGGGAGAUGACUUUAAAAGAUGUGUCUAUAUGGCAAGUCUGGGACUAGAAUUCUCAACAGCAAAUAACAGUAUCUUUGCUUGCAACUGUAAUGUAUCCACCUGCAUAUCCAAGUGUUGUUUCUGUAAGUAGUGUACAGUGAUUUUACAUCAGUGUACUGUGUUUGUAAAGUAAUGGGCUUUUGAAGAAAUCUACCAUAAGAUUCUUUUUGUAGUUUUGAUGUGAAUAAAAUUUUGAAUUGUU